AUGUCUCUCACCUACCUCCCAUUUCAUAAUCUAGCUAGUUGUCCUAAGUAAGUCAUACAAUUUGUAUAAAAUCCAGACCUGAAUCUUAAUGAUUUAAAUACUAUGAUAGAAUAAUUGAAAAUGCCAAAAAAUUAUUAAAAAGCAAUACAAAGUAUGCAGUUCUUAGUCUCAAAGUAAGAAAAUUAUUUAUAGGAUGAUAAUACAAUUCAAAAUCAUGAUGAAGAAAUCCUUUCUCCAAAAUUGCUUUUUAGGAAAGUUUCAUACUGA